CGCUGCCCCGGGAGCGGCCGGCAGGCUGGGGCCGCGCGAUGUCGCACGGAGCCGGGCUCGUCCGCACCACGUGCAGCAGCAGCAGCAACGCGCCCGGACCCUGGGCCGGCACGGGGCAGUCCAGCGCGAGCCCCUCGGAGGGGAUGCUGGACCCCGACUACCCCUGCACCCGCACGGCCCUGCUGAAAGUGGCGCAGAUGGUUGCUCUGCUGAUUGCCUUCACCUGCGUGAGGACUGCUGUGUGGACAGACUACAGCGCCUACAGCUUCUUUGAAGUGGUCACCAUUUGCGACUUGAUAAUGAUCCUCGCCUUUUACCUGGUCCACCUCUUCCGUCUCUACCGCGUGCUCACCUGUAUCAACUGGUCCCUGUCGGAGCUCCUGCAUUAUUUAAUCGGCACCCUGCUUCUCUUAAUCGCCUCCAUCGUGGCAGCCUCCAAGAGCUACAACGUGGGCGGACUGAUGGCCGGAGCGAUAUUCGGUUUCGUGGCCACCACCCUGUGCCUGAUGAACAUAUGGCUGUCCUACAAGAUCUCCUGUGUCACCCAGUCAACAGACGCAGCCGUCUGAAGAAGCACAGCACCGGGCACCGCGGGAGACCUGCCGGGGGCUGGCGGGGCUCAGCGGACAGGAGGACCGGCAGGCAGGUGACCCGAGGAAAGGCUUCUGAACCUGUGUUCCCGUGCCAAAGUCCUGCUCUCUAAGGCCCGCUCGCUGGGCUCCUGAGCUGGUCCAGCCUUUUUCUCUGGUCUGUCCCUGCCAGCUUUUAGAACCGCCUCAGGGUCUGUGGUUCGAAUCCACCAGCUGCUCCUUGGAAACCUUAUGGGGCAGUUCUACUCUGCCCUAUAGGAUCGCUAUGAGUCAGAACGACUCCACCGCAACAGGCUUUUCAGGUACCGAGGACCCCACUUAACACAAGGGAGGGGCUUCCGGAAACUCAUGCACAAAUCUGCUUCUACUUCACAUUCCUCAGGGAAUGAAAACAAAGCCACCUGUUAACUUACCUAGCUUGUCAGUCUGGUCUGGAAGAUACCCGUCUUUCUUAAAGGAGGCAUGCCUGUAGAAACACUAUGUGGUCAGCCUGUCCCCAGAUAGGAGAUCCCAAGUCUCCGCCUUUGUUACCAUUACGUGUGUGUAUGUGUGUGGUUGUUUUUUAAUAAAAUAUUGACUUGGCCAAUUGCAGAAGGAUUUCUCGUUAAACGAGAAGAAGAGUGUAAAACCAGGCUUGAAACGAAGUUUCUGGGUUUGUCUCGCACGGUGCCCUUAACCCCACACUCCGUGUAUAAAACCAAAAGACCAAACUCAUUGCCAUCGAGCUGAUCCCAACCCCACGUGUUACAGAGUAAAAUGUGGAUUCCUGGCUGUAAUCUUGAUGGGGCAGAUCGCCAGGCCUUUCUUCUGCAGCACCACUGGAUAGCUUUGAACCGUCAACCUUUAGGUUAGUAGCUGAGCACAAACUGUGUGCGCCACUCAGGAACCUUGCUAAACUCCCAGACUUUUUUUUUUUAAUCUUAUUGUUUUCAGUGAAAAUUUACAGCACGCAUUAAUUUUACGUUCAAAAAUUGUAGACACAAACUGUUUUGUGACAUUAGUUGCAGUCCCAGAAAUGUGUCUGCACGCUCCCCCUUGGUCUUCCCACCUGGGUUCUCCAUGUCCAUUCAUCCAGUUUUCCUGUCCCUAAUGCUUUCUCCUCUUUGCUUUUCCCCAGGUGUUGCCCAUUUGGUCUUGCACACUUGAUUGAACUAGGAAGCACGUUCCUCAUGCAUAUUAUUGUUUGUUUUGUACGCCUGUCUGAUCUUUGGCUGAAAGGUGGACUUUGGGAGUGGCAUCAGUUAGCAGGGUGCCCGGAGGCCAUAGUCUCAGGGGUUCCUCUAGUCUCUGCCAGACCAGGGAGUCUGGUCUUUUUGUGUGUGUGAAUUUGAAUUUUGUUCUACGUCUUUCUCCCGCUCUGCCUGGCAUCCUCUGUUGGGAUCCCUGUCAGGGCGGGCGGUGGUGGUAGCCGGGCACCAUCUAGUUCCUCUGGGCUCAGGCUGAUGGAGGCUGUGAAAACUACUAGACUUUGGUUUUUCCCUCCAUCUUGGGCAAUGGUCAUACGGUUGACUUUUAGGUUCUAGGUGAGGGUGUGCAGUUUUUAAUUUAUACUUACUUCUUUCUUCUUCCUCUACUGUAACAUCAGUUUCCUCGUUCGGUGUGAAACUAGGAAGAGGCUUUGGAGGAAGUUAACGGUUGUGUUUACACUCUGACAGUUCAUCUUCUCGUCCCAGAUUUGCUACUUCCUCAGUCGCAACAUUCAUGAUCACGUGGAAUAGUGACCACAGUGCUCCUGGGCAGGAGUAUCAUGGCCAUUUUACGGAGAAGAAGAUUGAGGCUCAGAGGCUCCUUCUGAGCACAGGGUGAGCCAAGGAGAGCCAGGUUUCGAAUCCAGGCCUGCCUGACUCCCAGCCCCCAUCCUCCUCUGUAAACCAAAAGUGCUGAGGCCACUCCAGCUCAGCUGGCAUUGGAGGAUGCUGGGGACACUGGGGCCUCACAGUUUUCCAGUGGUGACUCCCUGGCCCUGGGCUACAGCUUUACCCGAGGGAGGAAAUGUCUAAGCAGGUGGAGCAGUGCCAUUCAGCUGCCCAGGUGGACACUAAGGUGAGAAUAACAGGAUGAGGGCCAGCCUCUAAAUCCAGGUGUAUUUAGUCAGAAUUCUCCAGAAAAAUAGAGCUGAUAGGAUAAUUGGAUAGAUGGAUGAAUGGAUGGAUGAUAGACAGACAGACAGAUAAACCAAAAAACCCAAACCCAUUACCGAUGAGUCAAUUCUGACUCAUGGCGACCCUAUAA